AUGAAUGAUUUCAGGCAUUUCUAUGCAUUUCAUUCUUGCUUUCAUCUAUUCCUUAUCGUCUGUCAUGGAAACAAGUUCCUUUUCUCCUCGAGACAACUUAAUUUUCAAACUCGUUUAAGAGAGUUCCUUUGCAACACCUCGAUUUCAGCUGCAGCAUAUGCACCGGAUCCAACUCCUUGUUUGAUGCAACACAAUGCUUUCAUGGUAUAUCGCAUUGCAGUACCAUGUGAUUAUUUGAAAGAUGAGUGUUGGAGCUUCGUAGCGAUUCGUGACGGUUGGAUCAUAGUUUCCUUCCGGGGCACUCGCACAAAAGUCCAACUUAUCGCCGAGCUCAUCGAAACUAUGAGCGAGCCAAAAAAAAAAGUGCCAUCAUCUUUGAGUAAUUAUUUUUUGUUUCAAUGUUUCUAUAUGAUAAAUUUACAUCUCAAGAUCUAUCCCCGCUAUCAGGUACUCUUCACCGGUCAUUCCUUAGGUGGAGCACUGGCGAGUUUGGCGUCGAUUGUAUUUGCUCACAGACAUCCAGCCCUUCAAUAUAUGCUUUUCUUAAGGAUUAACUUAGUCACGUUUGGGCAGCCACGUGUCGGAAACUAUGAAUACGCCGAGGCUCACAGUCGUCUGGUGCCGAACAGCUGGAGAAUAGUGCAUAAGUACGACUUGGUGGCACACUUACCAGCAUGUGCGUUUCGAUUCUUCUCGCAUUCUUGUACACCACUACUGAACCAUUCGCCAUAUCACCAUGGCACGGAAGUGUGGUUCCCAAUGAAUAUGACGAAUAAUUCAAUAUUUCGAAUCUGUGAAGGCACCCCACAGUUUGAAGACGACAAAUGCAGCAACGGCUACUACCUUCACUAUGGAGUGAAAGACCAUUUGCGAUAUUUCGAACAUGAUGUGAGCAAAUAUGGUAGCAAUGGAUGUGUUGAUGUCACAGAUCUGGAUUAA